AUGACGGACAAGGUGUGCCGCAUGGUGGAAAACAUGGUAUACGAGUUUAAUGACCUGAAGAGGAAGGAGUUAUUCACAGACAAGGAGAUCAUAACAAUUGCAAACAAAAGGAGGAACCACGAGUACACAAUUAACAGCUCAUCCAGCAUACUGCUCAACUUCAUUUUAUACAUCGAAUUUGAAAUGAACUUGGAAAAAAUAAGAGAAAAAAGAAAGUUGAAAAAAAAAAAUGAUAUGCUGGAUGAAAUUAAUGAAUAUAAUAAAUUGCUAAAAAGUCAAUACGAGGAAUAUAAAAAUUUGAAGGCAAAAAUGGAAAGUGAAAAAUGCCCCAAGAAGAGCAAAUCGUUGAGGAAGUUACUAAAUAAAAAUGAACACAGCAUUAACUGUUGUAAGAAGAACAUUUUAAAAAUGGAAAAUAAAUUACAAGUACUGAUACGACAUAGCUUAUCAGAUUAUUCCCUUGUAAAAAGAAUAAUAAACAUUUUCCAAACGUGCCUGAGGAAACAUCAUAAUAACAUAGAAAUAUGGCUACAUUAUUUCAACUUCUGCUACGUAAAACGAAGAAUGGAAAAUUUGGAAAGUGCCAUAUUGAAUAGCCUAAAGUAUCAUAUAAAAAAUGAACUCAUAUGGGUCUUCUACCUGCACUAUUUUUAUAACGUAAGAAAAAAUAUUCAAUACACGAGGAAGCUUUACAUAAGGGCCAUUUUAUUCAUCCCGAAAAGUUUAUCCCUCAACGUUUUAUACUUCAACAUAGAAUUCGACAUAUUCUACAAGCUGCUAACAAAUUUUAAGCAAAAAGUAGACAAAUCCUCUAAUGAACAUUUUAACCAAUUCGUUGACUUUUGCAAAAGUAGUGCAAAGGAACAAGACAACAAUGGUAGUUCAGCUAGCCAAACGAAGGAAGACAUACUCAAACGUGACAUUGAUCAAGGGGAUUACAAACCUGUUAAGGAUGAGGAUAAAUAUGGCUUAGAUGUAAUCAUCUUCCUGGCGAAGAAAUAUUUGGAAACGUUUCAAAAUGAUAAGAGCCAUCUUUACAUUUUCAUUUUCCUACUUUUAAAUAUUUACUUAAAAAUGGAAAAAAAUAAAUGGAUAAAAAAUUACGUACUCCGGUUUGACAAUUUUAAGGAGAUAAUUUUUAACUCCAUCGAUAUGCACAAACAGGAUCAGCCCUGCUUUUACUACUACCUGUUUGUGACCAAAUGUGUUGCUUCAGCACAUUGUGACCUUUCCGAGGAUAAGGAUUUCCAGCUUUUAAAAAAUGCCUUUUACCAAAAUGGCGGCGAAGAAUCACAACUACAAAAAUACUUCAAUGUAGCGCAAGUAAACCAAAUGUUACGUAACCUGCUGGACACCUUCCACAAUGACCUUAUGAUUUACUUCUUCUGUCUUCUACUAGAGAACCUAUUCGAGGUCUUUAUAGAGUAUGCUAACGUGGAGGAUGUCUUCACCAUCGACAACCACGCUGGAGCGCAAUUGCCACUGUUAACACAGCCUGAAAGUUCCCUCCAUGAGGAUUCCAAAACGGGGGGGAACCAAGCCCAUACGCAAUCCAAAUUAGACAAACAAGCGGAAGAACAAAGCAACAACGAUGAUGUGGAGGGAAAAAAAAACAUUUUUUUCCACAUGAACAAACCCACCUUGACAAACCAUGAAGAAUUACAAAUUUUCCAGUUUUUAAAGGACGAAAUUUUUCUGUGCGGUCCAUACAAAUUUAAAAAAGUUAAUGAAGAGUACCUGAAGGAGAAGGAUAACAGCACGUACAAUUUCUUGCAGAGGCUGAACUUUGUGGCUUAUGUUUGCCUCUUUGAAAAUAGACACUCAGAUAUAAGUAAGAAUAAUUUCAUUUACAAUUAUGAGCAAACCAUCAAAAAUAGCGAAAUCCUUUCAUCCAUCCUGUACUUCUUCCUAUUCGAUCCGAAAAAAGUCGAAGUGGGUGAUAUGCCCAAGAGAAAACACCAUUUGGAGCAACCCCACCAGGUGAAUGAAGCUCAAGGUGGUUUCAGCAAAAGGCGGAAGAAAGGGUUCGCCCAAACGUCCCGCAAACUAGGACAACGAAGAAAUAUUAACAAUGUUUACGAAAGUGAUAGCGAUAACAUGAGUGGUGAGGAAAGUGGCAGCGAAGGUAACAGCGCAGGUGACAAUCAAAGUGACAAUCAAAGAGAUGCCUACCGUGAUGAUCAGCGCAACGACAGCGAAGACGAAGCAAACACUGAUGGAGGGGAGGACCCAACCGAACUGAACACUCAACCCACACGUGAAAACGAAACAGCCAAUCAGAAAAUUUCCAUCAUUGAUGAACUGCUUUCUUUACUGAGCAAAGAAGUGGACGUCUUUGUGAAGGUAACCAUUUUGAAGUGUGUCCUAAAAUUAAUUUUAUUUUUAAACAAUAACCAAUUGAAGCGCCAUUUCAGCGCGAUCAUCACUGAGGAGUUUGAAGAGGUAAGGAAAACUCCUUCCCAAAAAAACUUCCUCAAAGUGGAACUAAGCAAUUUGACCCAUUUGUAUAAAAAGGCGUACAGCGAUGAGUGCGCGGAGGUGUAA